AUGAUGAUCCCUCAAAAAAGUUUAUCUACAUUUUUAGUAAGUUUAUCAGGCCAAGACUGGGUAAGAGAUCCAGAGAUAACCUGGCUUGACCCAAUCUUAAAAGAUCUGUAUCGGGAACAUGGUGAUAAUGGAAGAAAGGCGCAGAGCUGUGCCCACGGUGAAGAUGACGAAGAAUGUUGCUACCUGGCGGAAGACGACUUACAUGUAAUAUAA